UCGACCCUCCAAUGAGGCUGUCGAGAGCAGAGGAGGAAAUCCUUCGUAAAGAUCCUGCAGCAGAAGGAUCAAAAGUGGGAACUUCAUCACUGGACUUGAUUGAGACACAAGCACAUGUUGAACUUGAAAAACCACUGGUUGUGAAGGACUCAAAAGAUGCUCAAGAAAAAUACAAAGCUCCUUUGCCUUUGCAUCCAACCAUGCUUUCACCAAGUAUAGAAGCAUCGACUUCCUCUGCGAUAUCUGAUCAACACCCUUCAGAAGAGGACCUGGUUGAUUUUCAUGGUCUAUUCAAGAUUGAGGCAAGACGAGCUCUUUUGCUAAAAGAGGCUUUUGUCAAAUAUCCACAAUUACUGGAAUGGAAGAUCUCGCAAAAGGAUCCCAUGACCUGCAAGUUGGGAUACGAAACCUUAGCUAACAUGUUGGAAUUUCUAAAAUCAGACAUUCCAAAGACAAUGAUGGAUGAAUCAAAAAGGAAGCAAUUUGAAUAUCUGUGUGAUUUAUUGGAACAUUUUGGCUUUGACAAGGACUGGGUGGCAUCUAUUCGCCAUAAGUGAACACAGUCACAAGGUGAAUUAGCUGGUUCAGUCGGAUUCUCAAGUAAGCACCUUAGUGAUGCAAGAGCAAGUUUGGUCAUGUAAUUCGUUUUUAAGCAUUCUUAGUAAUGAGAUAUGACUCUUGUCUGAACUUUGCUUUGGCAUGUGUUUUAUCAUAUUUUUCUUUUCAAGGACCUUUUUUGGG